CAAACAAGAGUCAGCCCAAAGUCAGCCACAACAAUCUCUGUUCAACAUUCAACUUCACUUGCCUUUUACGUGAAUAUACUAGUCAUGGCACGAAGCAUGAAUAUAUCUUUCCUGGGCACCUCCAGCGGUGGUGGCCCUUCAAUUUCUCGCAACUGCUCUAGUCUUGUCGCAGACGUUAUCGGCGACGGUUCGCUAUGGAGUGCGCUUUAUUUCUUUAGCGCUUGAUUGAAUUGACUAGCAGUCAUCAGUGGUCGACUGUGCAGAAGGAACAGUGCGACAAUUUCAGAUGCAGCAUCGCGGUCAAGGAGACCCAGUCCUUAAAGCGUUCAAAGUGGCCAAGUUAUUUGUCACUCAUAUGCAUGGUUUGUUUCACCAGACUUGUAGACUUCUUAUCUUUACUCCGGUGCCCUUUUAGCCGACCAUGUAAUGGGAAUAAUCACUUUCCUUAGACAUGUCCUCCACCCGCCACUGAUAGCUUCCUCUGGCGACCUCCCAGCCUCAGACGGUCCUCCACAAAUCGAACUUUACGGUCCUGCCGGCCUCCGUACAUUUGUUCGCUCAAUCUUUACCAUGACCCUCACCCACACAGGAGAGCGCUACGUGGUCCAUGAACUACUAACAUCAUCCGACACGCCCACCUCAUGCGAUCCUGCCGUGCUUCAUCCGAGCGAGUGCCCUGGUCAGAAUUUCCUUUGUGAUGACAAUGGGUUCUGGAAAGGUGUCACAAGUGGUACGGGUUAUUACGGUGAAGUUGUAGUUGAUGCAGGGCCGAUAUUACAUCGAGACCCUUGCAUAGGUUAUGUCUUGCAUGAGCCUAAUCCUCCGCAUCGCAAACUUGUCAUUCUGGGUGAUACAUAUGACGCAUCACCGAUUAUCCCGCUUAUACAGCCUUCUGCAACUAUGCCCGUAUCACUCCUCAUUCAUGAAGCGACGGAUACGUACAUCUCUCGCCAAAUUGACCCAUCAGCACGACGAACCAAAGACGAAGUGGAUAGCAAGGUUGCGGCAAGGGGUCACUCCACUCCGGUAAUGGCGGGCACAUUUGCGAAAAAAAUUGGAGCUCAGCAAGUCGUUCUGAAUCACAUUGGUAGCCGAUUUCCAGCUCCUAAACAAUUCAAAAAUCCUCACGACACCCGUUUCGCCGUCAUCGCCGAAAUUGAACGACAAGCGAGCGAAGCGUGGGGAGGUGGUGAAGCCGUUGUCGCAUAUGACUUCAUGCGUGUAUCUAUUGCUGCGGAUUUGAAUGAGGAAGAAUUUUCGGAUGUAGCAAUGGAGCUGGAGGAUGGGGUAAUAUCACUAGAAGGAGUGGGUGAGGUGGGUGAGAUGGCGAGAGGAAGAGGGCGUGGGAGAGGAGGAGGAGGAAGGACGCCCAGAGGAAUGAGCCGUGGAAGAUGGAGAGGUCCGCAGUGGAGGGGACGGACCAGAGGUGGAGGUGGUGGGGAUAGAGGUGGCUUCGGAAGAGGUGACGGUAAUAAUGGUCUCGGCAGAGGCAAAAAACGCAGGUUUGGGGAAUAGGCUUCGUACUUCACGCCUUACACACGCGAGUUGGUAUUUUGAAGGGCCACGUCAUAAAGCAGCCAUAAUCUUAAUUAUGAGUUGGUUGUUACGUU